UGGGCUGCGCCCCAGAGCUCCUCGCCCUCGCUCAGGAGCUGGUCGGGCGCCCCCUGCAGGCUGUCCCGGGCGGAGUCUGAGCGCCGGUGCCGCGCACCUGGGCAGCCCCCUGGCCACGCUCUGUGCCACGGCCAGGGCCGGUGCGACUGUGGCGUGUGCAUCUGCCACGUGACCGAGCCGGGCACGUACUUCGGGCCGUUGUGCGAGUGCCACGAGUGGGUGUGCGAGACCUACGACGGGAACACCUGCGCAGGCCAUGGGACUUGUGACUGUGGGAAAUGCAGAUGUGACCUGGGAUGGUCUGGUGAUGCUUGCCAGUAUCCGACUAACUGUAACCUUACGAAGAAGAAAAGCAACCAAAUGUGCAAGAAUUCUCAAGAUAUUGUCUGCUCCAACGCAGGUACCUGUCACUGUGGCAGGUGUAAGUGUGAUGAUUCAGAUGGAAAUGGCCUCGUUUAUGGCAAAUUUUGUGAGUGUGAUGAUAGAGAAUGCAUAGAUGAUGAGACGGAGGAGAUAUGUGGAGGCCAUGGGAAGUGUUACUGUGGAAACUGUUACUGCGAGGCUGGUUGGCAUGGAGAUAAAUGUGAAUUCCAGUGCGACAUCACCCCCUGGGAAAGCAAGCGAAAAUGCACAUCUCCAGAUGGCAAAAUCUGCAGUAACAGAGGGACCUGUGUGUGUGGCGAGUGUUCUUGCCACGAUGUUGAUCCAACUGGGGACUGGGGAGACAUUCACGGGGACACCUGCGCAUGUGAUGAAAGGGACUGCAGAUCUGUUUACGAUCGGUACUCUGAUGACUUCUGCUCAGGUCAUGGCCAGUGUAACUGUGGAAGAUGCGACUGCAAAGCAGGCUGGUACGGGAAGAAGUGUGAACACCCGCUUUCCUGCCCGCUGUCUCCUGAGGAAAGCGUCAAGAAGUGUCAGGGCAGCGCAACCCUGCCGUGCUCGGGAAGGGGCAGAUGUGAAUGUGGAAAGUGCACUUGCUACCCACCAGGGGACCUCAGGGUGUACGGCAAGACCUGCGAGUGUGAUGACCGGCGCUGUGAGGACCUGGACGGGGUGGUGUGUGGAGGUCACGGUGCGUGUUCUUGCGGUCGCUGUGUUUGUGAACGAGGCUGGUUUGGCGAGCUCUGCCAGCAUCCGAGGAAAUGCAACAUGACGGAAGAACAAAGCCAGAGCCUGUGUGAGUCAGCAGAUGGCAUAUUGUGCUCGGGGAAGGGCUCUUGUCACUGUGGAAAGUGCAUCUGCUCUGCCGAAGAGUGGUUUAUUUCCGGGGAAUUCUGUGACUGUGAUGACAGAGACUGCGACAAGCACGAUGGUCUCAUCUGCACAGGGAAUGGAAUAUGUAGCUGUGGAAACUGUGAAUGCUGGGAUGGAUGGACUGGAAAUGCAUGUGAAAUCUGGCUGGGCACAGAAUAUCCUUAACAAUCCCACGGGAGAGGCUUGGAUUCUUAUCUUUCUAGAUCAUUAGAACAUAUAAAUGCAAAGGAAAUUGUGUAUAAUCCAUGCUAGGACAGAUUUAACAGACUAUUGUAUGUUUUUCUAUUUCUGACUUUCUGAAUGAAACCUGGGUACCCAUUAAAUAUGAGUUCAGAAACCUGAUAUAAAUAACACUAGAACAAACUGUUCUUAAGAUCAGUGGUUCCUAAUGGGGGCGAUUUGGCCAUGUGGAAGACAUUCAACAGUGUCUUUAGACAGUGUUGAUUGUCACACUGAGUGGGGUAGAAAGGUGUGCUCUGGACAUCUAUUUUAUUGGUAGAGGCCGAGACAGUGUGUCUACAGUGUGUGACAAAGGAUUUACUGGCUCUGAAUGCCCAUGGUACUGAAGUUGAGAAGAAUGAACAGCACAGUUUUCAGAAAACCACAUUGCUACACAAGAGUGGCCAUGUCAGAAUCAAAGGAAAAGAUCCAGUCUCAUGUAAACCCAUCACUCAGAUUUUCCUAGGGCUUCUUAUCACUCAGCAAGUGGGGACUGUGGAGACAAACACACAGGAGGUAUCCUGUGAGUUAGAGAGUCAGCAAAUCGAGAGUGCUUCCAAAGGGAAAAAAACUUGUUAACAUAGCUAAUGAGAAGUUGUCUGUCUCACUUUUAACACACAAAAGAAGAUUCUUUUAAGAUAAAGGAAGAAAUUAUGAAAAAUGUACAAUUUAACUGCUUAAAUAAAUAUGUAAAUUGUUUAUAGUCUGUGUCAGAAUAUGUUUACCUAUUGAAAAUAAGAACCAAAAAAAAAAAGAAAAAGGAUAUUCAUUUUAGGUUCCUAAACUAAAAUACCACAUUUUAAAGACUGGGCAGGGAUUACAUAUGCAAGAAAUAAGAUAUUUUUCACCACUUAAUGUAGACUUUUAAAAAAAUACAACACUUAGAAAUAUGAUGAAUCUGAAAUAUGAGAGAAGAUGAGUUAAUUUCCCUUGAGUCAUUUUCUGAGGAAAAGUAGGGUCAUGUGAAGCAGCCAAAAAUAGCAUGUGUAGCAAAAUGGCACCUAUUCCAAAUGCUCAGAAAAGGACCCCGAAAUGCUGGAAUGUUUUAAAUAGAAAUUACAAAUAUUCACUCAGUGAUAGAAACAAAAUGUUUAUUUUCUUAACGGUGAAACUUCGUUCUGUGUGAAAUUCACAUUGAAUUAUGAAAAUGUACAAUUAUUGGGACUUUCCUUACAUAUAUACAGCUAGAUCUACUUCCACAUAUUAGUUUAGACAACCUUUAAUUAUUUAGAGCUUAAAAAAAUCCCACGUUUUACUAAGUGAGAAUUAUUUUGUAAAAUCCUAAAAUAAUGUAGCAAAAGCAUUUAAAUAAUGUUUUAAGAUGAAAAAAUGUACUUGGAAAUAUAUUUAUGAUGUAAAUAUUCUAGAACCAUGACUUGGACUUUAAAAGCCAGAUGAUCAAAAUUAAGGAAAAUAUGCAUCCCCUGUUACUUAAAAAUUAAAUAUUGAAAACUAUUUUAAGAGAAAGUUUAGUUGAUGCUGAUUUGUAUGAUAUUAAUACAAUUCUCAUAAUUUAGUAGAGUUUUCAAAAUUGUUCUCUCUGUCCUGAGCUUAAGGAAUGCGAUCAUAUUAGUUUUAUCACUGUUACUGAGUAUUUUGACUGAUGUACCAGUUUUGUACAAUGAGAGAAAUAGGUGUAGAUUAUACUGUUUCCUCUUUUCUGUAUAAACAUUUUAAGCCUCAAACCAACCUACUAUACUUAAACAAUAGCAAAUUUAAUGUCUUCUUUGAUGGAAUUGGGAUUCAUUACAUGAUUUAGCCAUUGUAAUACAGGUGAUCUUCAGAUUUCCCUAAUGCAGUGCUCAUGCUUCUAUAAAGAACUGAAUAGUAACUAUUUUAGACUUUGUACACCACAUUAUCUUUGUCGCAUACUCUUUUUUGAUUGUUUCCAUUAAAUAUUUUGAUGCAGUAAAUAGAAGUUCAUCCAAACAACUAGUCCAUACGAAAACUGAUUGAGGGCUGGAAUUGGCUCAGAGUUGAGCAGAGUUUGGCAAACUGUUCCACUGGCAUUACCCAUAAUUCCCUGAAGCUCAUCGCAUAACAUCAGGGGUGUCUUAUUUUGUACAAUUCUCUCUCUGUUAUUAUUCCUUGUCAUUAAUAGCAACUGCAACAAAAUCUUUUUAUAUUUUCAUUUCAAAUCCAUCCUCAGCAUUUCUGUAUGCCAAGUAAAAGAUUUUGUAUGUUGGAGAAGUUAUUACUCCAUAAAGUUCAAAAUGUGAUCUGUCUGCAACUUUGGACAAAGAUGAAAAUAUGUCUAGUUGAUCAUGUCCCAGGAAUGAAUUACAACUUAUAGAGCAAAACCUGAGCUAUAGCGUAAGUCAUGUGGUACCUAGUCUUUAUUGAACACUUUUUUCUAGAAAAACAG